ACUGGCUGGAACGAGAGCGGAUCAAAAGAAUGGGAAAUGCCAGCAGACCCUUUAGAAGAAUUGCUUAUUUCUUAUGCCUUUUAUCUGUGCUUUUGCUGACUGAAGGGAAGAAACCAGUGAAGCCAAAAUGUCCUGCCUGGUGUACUUGUACCAAAGAUAAUGCUUUAUGUGAAAAUGCCAGAUCUAUUCCUCGCAGCGUUCCGCCUGAUGUUAUCUCACUAUCCUUUGUGAGAUCUGCUUUUACUAAAAUCCCAGAAGGGAGUUUUUUGCUCACACCAUCUCUGCAGCUUCUGUUGUUUACAUCCAACACUUUUGAUGUUAUUAGUGAUGAUGCUUUCAUGGGCCUUCCUCAUCUAGAAUAUUUGUUCAUAGAGAACAACAGCAUUAAGUCAAUUUCAAGAAAUACUUUCAGAGGACUGAAAUCUUUAAUUCACCUGAGUCUCGCAAAUAAUAAUCUCCAAUCGCUUCCAAAAGACAUAUUCAAAGGCUUGGAUUCUUUAACAAAUGUAGAUCUUAGAGGCAAUGCAUUUAAUUGUGACUGCAAACUGAAGUGGUUAGUGGAAUGGCUGGGCAGCACCAAUGCAACAGUUGAAGACAUUUACUGUGAAAGCCCACCAGAAUAUAAGAAGCGCAAAAUCAAUAGCCUCUCUCCAAAAGAAUUUGAUUGCAUUAUUACAGAAUUUGAAGUUUAUCAGUCCCUGCCAUACCAAUCUCUGUCAGUAGAUACUUUCUCAUACAUGAAUGACGAACACGUGGUUAUUGCUCAGCCUUUUACUGGAAAAUGCAUCUUUCUUGAAUGGGACCAUGUAGAAGUGAUGUUCAGAAAUUAUGACAACAUUACAGGUACUUCAACUGUUGUGUGUAAACCUAUAGUUAUUGAGAGUCAGCUGUAUGUCAUUGUCGCACAGCUGUUUGGAGGCUCCCACAUAUAUAAAAGAGAUAUUUUUGCUAAUAAGUUUAUAAAAAUUCAAGAUAUUGAGAUCCUUAAAAUCCGAAAACCCAAUGACAUUGAAACUUUCAGGAUUGCUGAAGACUGGUAUUUUGUUGUUGCAGACAGUUCAAAAGCUGGUUUCACCACGGUUUACAAAUGGAAUGGGAAUGGAUUUUAUUCCCAUCAGUCUCUGCACGCCUGGUACAGAGAUACUGAUGUCGAGUAUCUUGAAAUAUCCGGCAAACCACAUUUAAUUCUGUCAAGUAGUUCCCAAAGACCUGUAAUAUAUCAAUGGAACAAAGGAACAAAUGAAUUUGUUAAGCGUUUUGAUAUCCAAGAUAUGGAAGAUGCAUAUGCAGUGAAACAUUUCAAAGUGAAAGAGGAUGUAUACAUUUGCUUAACAAGAUUUAUUGGGGACUCUAAAGUAAUGAAAUGGGGUGGUUCAGCAUUUCUGGAUUUACAAAGGAUGCCAUCCCGAGGGUCAAUGGUAUUCCAACCGCUUCAGAUAAGUAAUUAUCAAUAUGCCAUUCUUGGAAGUGAUUAUUCUUUCACUCAAGUCUAUUAUUGGGAUGCUGAAAAGGCAAAAUUCGUGAAGUUUCAAGAAUUAAACGUACAGGCACCAAGAUCUUUCAUACAUGUCUCCAUCGAUAAACGAGAUUUUCUCUUUGCUUCAAGUUUUAAGGGAACUACAUUGAUUUAUAAACAUGUCAUAGUUGACUUAAGCGCAUGA